GGCCUUAACCUUAUCUUGCUUUAUCUCGUGAUUCUCGUCUACUUCGUAUUGUACAGUACUUAGGUACCUAUGCAUUAAACGAGCUUACUAAUCUUACUAAUGACAUAUAUGUACUGUACCGGAGCUGUAUUAUCUAAUCGAGUAGCAACACUUCCGUCACUUGAGGUCUCUUUUUGUUCGAGCAUCACUUCAACAUUCAGCCUUGCCGAAAACCACAAACAAACCGACCAAUAAUCGCAAGAGACAAGCCAUCCGCAUAAAUUUCCUCUUCUCAUACUAAUCUGUAACGAGACGCGGAAUUUAAUCCUCGACAACAAACAGGAAAUUACGGAAGAAAAAACAGGAGCUAUGGCCGCACCGACAAACAAGCAAUCCGGCGACAAGCCCGCAGCCGAAGCCGCGAAGCCAGAGCAACCCCAACAGCAAAAGUCGGCCGCCGCACUAGAGGAAGAUGACGAGUUCGAGGACUUUCCCGUCGAAGACUGGCCAGCAGAGGAGACCGAAGCCGCAGCAACAACGACAACAGGUGGCGACGGCACCACGACGCAGCACCUGUGGGAGGAGAGCUGGGAUGAUGACGAUACUACCGAUGACUUCUCCACGCAGUUGAGAGAAGAGCUUAAGAAAGUCGAGUCCUCCAAGCGGCGAUAAACCCAUAACAUCCCAGGACUAUGUGUAGCAGACCUGUUUAUCUAGCUACCCAGCUACCCCGACAUUUCCUCGUCUACGAAUCGUACUAAGCCGCUCACUCACUCAAUCGGGGGGGAAGAUCCGCCUGGAAGCAAAGCUACACUUACCUGUCCGUCCAUUUUUCACAAGGCCCGAGGGCUGGGUAAAGCACAUGAACCACUCUGCAAUUAUCCAGUCUGCGGACUCGUCCCCAUGAAUACAUUAUACACACAAAGAGAGAGGAACGGAUGAUGGUAGAAAUGAAGAUAUUCAAAUGGGACAGCAAGCAUACAAGCAGGAGAAAAAAAAGAAAUAGCAGAGCUUCAUUACCUACCUAAUAGACACACACGUAAGACAGGCAUACAUGUUUCGAACAGCUGGACUCGUGAACCCAUACUAUCUACCUAGCCAGGCGUACAUACAGUCAUACACCACGAUGACUAUCCGACAAAUAGUAUAUACGCAAGUAUUUAAGAUACUUGCACGUACUUGCACGUAUUCUACAUUUGACGCAGUGGUACUUUUCUAACACAAUCCUUCCUUCAUGUGUUGAUGCUAUUGGCAACUACAAGAAUAGGAAUUACACUCAUCGGCACUCUCAUCAGCACUAACAAACAUCUUAAAAU